CAGAGUGACAGGAGAAGGGCCACUCCCAAACAAAUCCAGCUUCUCCCACCGAGCACAGAUCCUGCACUGUAGUAGAGGAAACAACUCAGGAAGCGGAAAAAUGUGCAGCACAGGCAGUUAUUAUUCAGCUGUCGUUACUACAGGUACACCAUAAAACCAGUGCUGGAGUUUUUAAGUAUAUUUUCUAUGUAGCCAUUAGCUUACCCUUGGAAAAAAACUAACAUUUAAUUCACAUUUAAUUUGCACUGAAAUGUAAACAAACACACACACACACCCCAUUCGCUAAUUAUCGCAUUCAUUUAUCUCAAAGUGUUUUUUUUUUUUUUUCUUUUUUUUUUUUCAAUUAAAUCAACAACCCGCUUUUUGGAACAUAAUCUUACUGCUAUAUAAACUUACUGUUUUGGGCAAACUUCUAGAUUUCUCCACUAGAGGGUAGCGUAUUUCAAAUGUACAAACAACAGUACAGCUUGUUGUGCGAAAACACUUUGUGCUCAUUUUUCAGAGUUCUGAUUAACAUGCAUAGCACAACUGUGAGCCUGUGAAAUGUUCCCCGACGUAUCGAUGUGUAAUUCAUAAGCUGAGUGACUGAGCUGUUCAUCAAAGUGCAGAAAGUCACACCCAAGUUCGAUUUUAUGCACAGUUAAUCAAUCUGACUGGGAACAGCUGAGUGUCAAGAUGACACUUUAUCCAGUAAAUGAGAUUGUCCGAAAUUUCAUGAUAACAUCAGAUCUCUUUUCCCCUGAGGAAUAAAAUAUAUAAUUUUGAAGUGGGUUGCAAUGCUUUGGUUUUACCAUUAAAUAACAUGAAGAAACAUGAUGACCUUUAAACCAUUCAAAGACUGUAAAAAACAGUGAGUCUAUGGUAAACUGUGGUCAAGGUCUCUAAGGCCUAAAUAUGAAAUAAUGAAGACAAAAAGUAGGUUGGAAAAAUUAUGAAAAAUGCAGAUUGAAAAUAAAUCAUUAUAAUUAACGUUGAUGUUACUUUUUAAUUAUUUAAACAUUUUUAAUUUCAUUCCCAUAUUUACACCGUGGUAAUAUAUCAAAUAACUUUAAUAGUGUGCUAAGACCUUCUGUUGACGUCUUUAUUGUUACUAUUUAUUGGUGAGUUAAAGCCCAACUGAAUAGACUUGUGGGAUUAUGCAGUGCUGCAGAACAUCAGGAGAUCUGAGGGAGCUGUAUCCCAUCCUUAUCAGUAGACAGCAGGCUCUUUAAGCUAAGCGUUUCACCACCCAAACAUCGCCCUGCCGCACGCCCACUGUGUGGGUGUCACAUCUAUCUUCCCGCAGACCUGGUGAUCAAAAAAUGUGUGGAGGGAGAAGAUAUGAAAUGUUUUGAAGUCGGCUGCCUUUUCACCACUGAUCUUUAGGUUUACUGCUCAGCAGGCCACCACAGCAGACUGUCAGAGUCAGAGUGGAGUGACAACAAAAUAAGAUAAACAAGCCUCUGUUCAGUCAUUGCUUUUUUUGUUUUUUGUAUUGAGUAAUAAUACCUUUUUAUAAUAGGUCAUCACAAGUGUGAUUUUAACUGGGGACUGAGUUGUUUAUAUCUGGAAAUAUGGAAAAAUCAAUAGAUCAUGACUUUUCAGGCCCUAAUACUCCUGCAGGUGAAGCUUGUUCGGAAGAUAUCAAAGAGCAGGCCACUGCUGCUGGGUCAAGGUCAGCAUCACAUCCUACAGAGGACUACCUGUCACAGCCCAAAACCGUCUCUGAAGCUGUGGCACAUCAUGAACAGAGGAGGGCGCUGUUUCAAGCCGAAUCGUCGCAGUCCAAAGGCAUCGACAGCACAGUUUUACAGAGAGAACUCGGACCUUCAGCUGCUCCUGAGCACAGACGAGAAUCACUAUUCCACGUGGAAAGCAAAGAGCAAGCAAUUACAAGGCAAAGACAACUGUCACGUCAAAUGAUGGAGGAGGUUGAACAACUUUUGAAGGUGACACAGAGACAACAACGAGAAAUCAGAGAACUAAGGAUAAAAACAGAGCAGCAGCAGGAGGAUAUGGACAGACUGGCAGCUGAAAAACACAAUCAGUCUUUAGAAAUGAAAACCCUGAGAGGAAAAAUGGAAGACACCUUUGAAAAAGGGAAUGUAAACAAACAUGAAGCUGAUAGGGAAGAAAAGAAACUCCUCAAAUUGCAUGCAGAGAUUUGCCAAGAAAGGGAAACUCUUGACAGAAUGCGUAUGGAAAUCAUCACUCAGAAAAACAGGACGGGGAAGCACGAGCAGAAAGUCACGGGCAAUGUUACUGAUUCAACUCCGGUGAAUGCUGUCCACAAAAACAUUCAACUCCUGAUUCAGGCAAAAGUGGCGACAGAACAAGAGAAGACGACGUUAGAACAUGUGAAACAAGAGUUAGUGAGGAGUAAAAACUGUGUUCUACAACAUCAAGAUCAAGUCGCAGACACCAGACGUAAGCUUACUGUGUAUUUCAACAAAGUGAAGCAUCUCAGAGACGGGAUCUUUACUGAGACAGAGCAGAAGGAUGAGGACGCAUUUGACAGUUCAAAGGUUAAACUAGGAAAUAUCUGGAGGGAGAUGAAUAACAUUUGGGAUGUGCUGGAGGAUGGUGAAAUGAAAGGUUCCGUGAAAGAUGAAAGUGAAAAUGUGAAAUCUGAAUCUUUAAGACGUGAUGCAGAAUCCAAAACAAAUGCUGAGUUACAGAAUAAAAGCAACUCACUGAAAUGUAUGAGCGAAAGCAUCGAGAGACAAAAAAGGGAACUUGAUGAAAAAUCAGAACAGACCAGAAAAGAACUCAGGGAGUUGGAGGUGCUAAAUACUGAGAUAGAAAUGAAGAAGAAGCACCUGGUGAAAAUGAUCAGAGUGAGCCGUAGAAAAAAAGACACGAGCAGAACGAUGGUGGAACAGCAGUCACAGCAGCUGGAUGGAACAGAUGACACGCUGAGAGAAGAUGUUCAGCAAAAGAAGAGAGCCUUCGCAGAAGAGAUGAAGUGGAGACCAUUCCAAGAGCAGAAGAAGAAGGAAAAGAUGGAGCAGCGUCAGAAAGAGGAGACUAAACAUGCAUUCAAUAACACAGUAAAUACUGCUGUGACUUCAGGUCAGGUGAAAGGCAGUACACGAGAGGCCGUGACAGAGAUUAAGAACACUAAAGUGAAAAUGAUGCAAGUCCAAGAGCAGAUGGAACGGAACAACGACGAGGUCAAACAAAUCAUGGACAAGCUGAGGUUGUUGAGAGCUCGGGUCAACAGACGGACGCCAACAGAACCGACCGCCGGACAUCAUUUGUCAGCCAUGGCAUCACAUCCUCACGAACUACAACAGGAAACAGAGAGAGGUUAUCACGUGGAUCAGAGACAGGUGGUUCCAGCAGAUGAAGACGGAGCAGAAGGUGAGACUGUCCAAACAUCUGUGUCUUCACAGCUCCAGGAUGAAGAGCGGAGUGGAUCGGGACGUCAGCUGCUUCGUUCCGUGGACUCAGAUGAACUCUACUGCAGUUACGCUCAGAUGCAAACAGAAAUCGGUGAAGCAACGUUGUUAGAUGACUAUCAGACAGAAUUAAAAGCAAAUGUGAGACAGAGGGAGGAAAUACAGAGGCAGAUAAUCAGUCUGAGGGAAAGUGAGGAGAAAAUAAAUAGUCAAAUGAAGAAAGAUGUGGAGAACGUGAAAGAAAAAACUGAAGAGAUUAAAAGUUUAGUCGAGGAUUUAAUGAAACUGCACAGUCAGAGACCAGCGGGUGGAGAACUGACAGUGGAGGAAGGUGGAAAUAUAGAGAGACCGUCGCACAGAGAAAAUGUAAAUGUUUUCCAACACCGUGUCACGACAGAAGUAACCAAUACGUUGAACUCUCUGAUAUUGGAAGUGAAAAAGCAAAGACAAAGUCAAGAUUGGAAAUCAGAUCCGCAGACUCAGAGAGAGAAGAUGGAAGGAGCUUCUGAUGAGAGGGACAAAACAGCAGGAUUCGAUUUCCACAGACUCAGAACAGAGAUGGUCAGAACGCAAGAACUGAUGAGUGAAGUAAAACUAGAAGUACAAAACCAACCUGCAGGAAUCAACGCUGACAAGAAUCAAAAGGAUGAAGCAAAUGAAACUGAGCGCUUUAUACAAGAUAUAACAGAAUUUCAGGAAUUUCUGAAAAUGGUAAAACUGUAUCUGAAAGAGCAGACGGGUGAUGUGAAGUCAAUAAAAAUGUCAGCGAGGAAGCAGAGGAGAGAUCUUGAUCAGAGGUUGGAGAAGACCUUAAGAGAGAGGGAUAUGUUGGAUCUUUUAAAACUGAAAAUACAGAAACAAAGUGAAGCGAUUCAGGAGCAGCUGGAGAAAAUAGCAGAAAUGACCAACAGUAUGAAGAAAACGGCUGUAAAGGCUAGAAAUAAAAGUGGCUGUGUAGAUAUAAGUAUCAAGAGGAGUCAAGUGAACCUGAGACAUUUAGAAGAUCUGAACUUCAACUUCACCAAUAAAGAAAAAUCCCUGAAACUCCAACUUCUUUCCGUAACCCAGCUUAGAGCCCAGCUGGACGAAUUCAAGACUCAAAUAAGAAGAACAACAGCUAUAGAAACCACUCAAACAGAGAGGGGAGAAAAUGAGAAAGAUGAUGAAGAGGAGCACAAAAAUAAAAGGUUGACAAAAAGCAGACGUGCCAAAAUUAAACGCCAAAAAGUCAGAAGUGUGACGCCGACAGAAGAGACAGAAGCAGAGAGGGAAACUGGCAAAAAAGCAAACGAGCAAGCUGAGGCAGAAAUACACGUCAGUGAGUCUCUGCAGAGGCAGAGAGAGGAACUGGAAGAUGAAGCACGGAAAAUCAAAAGAGAAAUAAGAGAGUCGGAGCUGCUGAAGUCAGAACUGGAAAUGAAGAGGAGAGAAUGUGAACAGGUACUGAGGAAAAUCACCAGAAAGAACGCAGAGAAUGACAUCAUGUGGAGUGAAAUACAAAGCCAAAAGGUAAUGCUGAGGAGGGAGACCAAAAAGAGGAGAAAGGAAUUAGAUCAGAGGUUGGAGAAAACCAUGAGAGCAAGAGAUGAACUGGAAAUACUGAGGUGGAAACUGCAACAAGAAAGAGAAGAAGUUUGUAGGCAGAGGCAAAUGAUGAGAAACUGGGAGAAGUUUAUAUUUUUAACACAGAGCUUAGAUUUCGGUAGCGUCCAAAACAUUCAACCACAGCUUCACAGUACUUUGAAAUCAAUAAGAGGAGACGUGGGAAUAAUGGAAAAUGUUAACCUUUACUUAAGGAACCAGAAACAUGAAGUGACCCUGUUACAAAGUGAGAACAGAACAAUGAGAGACAAUGUCAUCAAAAUGAAAACCCAGAUAAUGGCAGUGUUGAAGAAAAAGUCCUUACAGCCUGAGUUAGAGAACAGUGAAAUGGUUCAAAUGAAGGAGGACAUUAAACAACAAAACCGUGACCUUGAUGUCAAACUAGACAAGGUUAAAAGAGAGAGAAGAGAGCUGGAGUUGUUGCAGACACAGUUGGAGUUUCAACAAAAACAAAACCAACAUCUGAUCAGAAAAGGCCUUCGAAAAGAUCGGGAAAUAAAAGAGAAAUGGGCCGAAGUCAAAGAAGAAAGAGAUGCACUCAAGAGAGAGACGAGGAAGAGGAACAGAGAGCUGGACCAGAAGCUGGAGAAGAUCACCAGAGAGCGAGACGAGCUGGAAAUCCUGCAGCUGAGGCUCCAGAGGCAGAAGGACGACAGUGAGGUGGAGACGCAACAGAAACUAGACUCUACGACAAAAGUUACAAAUCAGCUUCAAACUCUACAGGAAAUCACUGAAACGCACAUGAAGACAUGUGAAGACUUCAGAAGACGUAGUGAAUAUUUAAACAAAGUGUUGAAGAACAAAGAUGGAAACAUUUCGGGACAGCAGAUGUUGAUGGAGGCAAGGCAGGAAGUGGAGGUGAUGAAGACACAAAUCAGAAGGACUAGAGAAAAAUUCAAACAUGCUUUGAAGAACAUGAAACAACAGCAGAUGGAGGUGACCAACGAAAAAGAUGGUAAAGCACUCGAUGGGAACUUUGCAAAACAAGAGGAAGGAAUUCAGAGACAACAUGAGUGUGAGAAACAAGAAGAGUCACUAAGAGCUGAAAAACUAAAGGAAGAACCCAGAAGCAAGAGAAAAGAUAAGGUAACUAGAAAUGAAUGGGAAAAAACACAGAAAGAAAAAGGAAAGAAAAAUGAGGAAACUGAGACUCCGAGAGAAGAUAGAGAAAAUCUGAGGGGCGUGACACACAGGCAGGACGUAGAACAUCUACUGGUUCCUGAGACGUUGACAGCGACAAAAGAUUUGAUAAAACUUAAGGCACAGCUGGAACAGAAGAAGGAGGAUCUGGAAAAGAUGAGUGCAUUUGAACAAAAACAUGCUGAAUUUGAUCUUCAGGGUAAACAGAUAUUGGUCAACUGUGACAUGGUCCACAAGAAGGUGAAUGAUCUCAGAGAAAUUUUAUCAGAUAUUGAAAGGCAAAGGAAAUAUGUGGAAAAUCAGCGUAAGGAGGAACUUCAGUUGAAAAAACACCAUUUACUCAAACCGAAGACCGAGUUAAGGAUCGACAGGCAAAAAAUGAACGAGACGAUGAAUACAAAGAAAGUGGAGCUUGAACUGAUGGCGUCCGUUGUUCAGCGGCAAACUGAACUAUUAGAACGAAAACAAAAAGGUUUGCGAAUCACAGAAACUAAGCUCAGAGAGACCAGAGAACAUGUGGACCGUCUGUCUGAUGAGACACACAGGCAGAAAAUCAUCAUCAGAGGAGACUGGGAAAAAAUAAGUCAAAUAAAAACACACAUGAACGGUGAAAGAGAAGUGCUGAUGUUAGAAAAGACAACAGUGAAAGGACGACUUUCUGAGCUGCAAAAAAGACACUUUGAAUUUCUGGACAGAAUAAAAUCACUGGAGGUCUUCAGAAUAAAACUGCGCGACCAAAGUGUAAGGUUGAACAAAAACAUAAACAAAAUGAUCACAUCAGAGCGGAACACAGACAGUGUUCCUAUGAUAGUCCAGGUUCUGGAGCAAAGUCAAAAAGCUCUAGAUUCACACCAAAUCACUCUGACAUCUUAUACUGAGAGGCUGACAAGAGGACAGGAAGGUUUGGACAGACGAAGAGGUCUGUUAGGACAAAGAUCACAGACAGAAGGCCUUGGAUUUAGGAGUGACGUGAUGGACCAAAGACAGGUGGACGUCAUGCUGAUGAUGUCUGUCAUGGAACAACAAGGUAAACUGUUGGAACGAGAGCGAAGAGGUUUGCAGCUGACGAAGGCUGAGCUCCAGAAGACAAACGUACACACGGACGGUCUACUUGAUGAGAUUAACAGAGAGAAAGACAACAUUAAAGAUCUGAAACUUCAGCUUCAGUCACAAAGAAACAAACUUCAGGAUGGGAUGAGCUCAGUAGCUGAAAAACAGAGAGAACAAGAACUGAAGGAGGAUGAGAUAAAAAAACAAAUGGAAGAACUCGAUAUCCAGAAUAAGUCAAUGAUAGCUGAAAGAGAAACACUACAGGGUUUGAAAAAGGACAUCGAUAAAAACAAACGUGAGGUGAAAGCUGCUCUGACGAACAUCAGCAACGAACGAGAGGAACUGUGUCAGAUGAAGAAACAGCUGGAACAGGACAGAGAAAUACUUGCGGAUGAAAAGAAAGAAGUGGAAAGGCAGUGGUCUGAGCUGAAAACCAAGGAAAAUGAGCAUGUGAAGGAAACAAAAAGGUUAAAAUCACACAGUGCAAGACUAGAGGAACAGAGUGAAGAACUGGAAAAGAAAACAAUGAAACUAAAACUAAACAGGGUAAAGAUACAGGAGCUAGUCAGUGGGCUUGAGCAAAACCAAACAGCUGUAGAUAAAUGUGCAGUAACCAUGGCAACUAUUAGUAACACACUCAAGAUGAGCCUUGGAUUAAAAACAAAAGAGCUGAAUGAGAUGAUGAAUAAAAAGAUGGAACAAUUAGAAAUGAUGAUGUCUGACAUUGAACGAGAACAAAGGGGUUUGAAAAACACACAGACCGACCUCCUGAAGACAAAGGAACAAACAGACAUUCUGUUGACUGAGAUUAACAAAGAGAAAUCAUACAUUAAAGGUCUGAACAUACAGGUUCAGACACAGAGGAACAAUCUUAAAGAUGUGAUCACACACACAGCAGAGAGAACUUCAGCAGAGAGAGAAGAACUGGAGAGUUUAAGGAAUGAACUUGAUGAGAGGAAAGAAACAUUUGAAUCUGCUUUGAACAGCUUCAGUAAAGAACAGGACAAACUUCAUCAACUCAAGACACGUCUUGACAUGGAAAGACAAGAACUCCAAAGUGAGAGAGACAAAGUGAAGACUGAAGUUGACAGGAUUAAAGUCAGAGAAGAUCAGUUCAUGAGUAGAAUCCAGUUGACACAACAACAGAUCGGUGAAUUCAAAGAACUGAAUCAUAAGAUAUGUAGUGAGAUCAAUCACAAAGUGGAGUUAAUAGACCAAAGGAGCAAAGAAACACAGAAAUUAUCUUCGAUACUAGAACAAAAAUGUGCAGCUUUUGAUUCACAGAGAAACCAAUUAAUGAACUUCACUGAUGCGGUCCAGAAACAAGUGUGUGACACACAAAUAAUUCUAUCUAUCAUUACAAAACAAAGAGCCGACAUGACAACUCAGUGGAAAGAAGCAGUUCAGUCGGAAAAAAAACAGUUGGAGAAACUACAGUCGGAGCUGAAGGAGGAAAGACAUGGACUGAAUGAGAUAUUGAAUAAAAAUAAGAAGUUGGUUUUUGACAUGGAGCAACAAAAGGCACUGAUAGAACAAGAACGAUCAGGUCUGCAAAUCACAAAUACCGACGUUCUUAAGACGAGAGUCCAUGCAGAAAGUCUGUUGAAUGAGAUGAAGAGAGAGGAAUCCAACAUUAAAUAUCAGAAACUUCAGCUUCGGUCACUAAGAAACAAACUUCAGGAAGUGAUCAUCUCAGUUGUUUUGAAACAUAAACAACAAGAACAAAAGGAUGAUGAGCUCAAAAACCAAACAGAAGAACUCCAUGAAGUAGAAAAAAGGAUUUCAGAGGAAAGUCAGGAUCUUAUGGUUUUGAGAAAAGACCUUGAAAAUAAUACAGCGAGACUGUUUGACGAAAUAGACAGAGAGAAAUCCAACAUUAAAUAUUUAAACCAUCAGGUUCAGUCACAAAGAAACAAUCUUCAGAAAUUGAUCAACUCUAUGGCUUUGAAGGAUGAAGAGAGCGGGAGAAAAACUGGGGAACUCUUUGUCCCUAAAGACAUAACAAUGGCAGAAACUGCAGAAGUGGACAUUUCCAGAAAACGUCAUGACAGUACGGGACGAGUGACAGAACAGCAAAUGACCAAAGAAGUUCAGGAGGAACAAUUUUCCAAGCUAGAAUCUGGAGGAAUUGAACUUGUGGAUGUAAACAAGUCGCUCAAAGCUCUCAAAUCAGGACUGCAGUGUGGAGUCUUAAGGAUGAGGGAAGACAGGAAAGACAGAAUGAUCAACCUGGAGGAGAACGAGGACAAUGUACAGAAACUAGUCAGUAACCUUGAGCAAACACAAGCAGCUCUGGAUGCACACAAAUUCACCGUGACAUCCUACACUGAGACACUGGCAGGAGAAAAAGACGGUUUGGGAAAAGGCUUGUCAGAAAUUCAGACAUAUAAACUGCUGAANCAGAAAAAAUGUGACCUUUUACAUCAAGACAUACAACAAAAAAAAGAGAAGUGUGAAUUUCUAAGGAUUGAAAUGCAAAAGAAGAAAGAAGAAACAGACACACUGUUUGGUGAAAUAAACAGGGAGAAAACCAGUGUUUAUUAUUUAAAACUGCAGCUACAAGAGCAAAAAACCAAAUUUGACAGUGUGAUUGACUCCAUGGUUUUGAAACUGAAGCAGCAGCAGCUAAAGGAUGAAAAGAUCAGGAGAAAUAGCCAAGAACUGCUAAACCAGCAGGAAAUCAUUUUGGUAGAAAGAAAAGACCUGGAUCUCCUGAAAGAGGACAUCAACGUGAAAAGAACUGAGAUGGAAGCAGCUGUGAACGACCUCAGGGCAGAGAGAGAGCAGCUGAAUCAGAUCAAGGAAAAUACAGAAAAGGAGAGAGGACUUCUAGAGAGUGGAAGGAAGAGACUGGAAGAAGGUUGGACUGAGUUCAAGAGACAAACACAAGAAAUCCAGACGUACAGGACCAGAGUUUUGGAGCAGAAAGAGGAACUGGACAAUUUCAGAAAGGACGUCAUUUAUAAGAAGGAAAAGUAUGAAUCUGCUUUGAGCAGCAUGAGUGAAGACACAGAAAAACGUAAUCAGGCGAGGAUCUGUCUUGAUAUAGAGAGACAGCAACUCCAAAGUGAACGAGGUGAAGUGCAGGCGGUAACAUCAGAGGUUAAAGUGAAAGAGGAUCCACCCCUGAGACAAAUACUGUCCAUCAACACACUGUUUGGGAAAUUGAAGGAUUUCAGUGCAAAGACAAAUAUGGACUUAAGAGAGAAAAUGAAGCAUCUGGAGCAAAACAGCAAAACCACAAAGACGUUGUCCUCAGCAUUAGAGCAAACGCUUGCCAACUUUGAUUUACAUAGAAAUACAAUAUUAGAGUCCACUGAUCUGGUCCAAGGUGUAAGGACUGAUCUAAGAGAGGUUUUGUCAGAUAUUGUUACAGAAAGGAAGACCUUGAUCAGAGAGCGUAAGGAGGAUUGUCGCCUGGAAAAACAACAUUCGGACAAACUGAAAGCUGUGAUCGAGAAACACAUCCAACAACUGGGACAAGAACUAAGACGUUUGCAAAUCACAAAGACUCAGUGGCAAGAGACGAUAGAACAUACACACAGGAUGAUGCAGGAUGCGAUUAACUUGGUGGUUUUGACACAGGCGGGACAAAAACAAAAGGAUGAAGAAAUCAAAAAACAAACUCAAGAACUACACGCCCUGAGGAACAAUAUUUUGGAGGAAAAGGAAGAAGCAGAAGUGAUGAGAAAAGGAUUUGAAGCUUCCUUGAACAGCCUCAAAGAGGAAGGUGAAAGGUUCAGUAGGAUGAAGGCAGAAUUUGAACAAGACAGAGAAAUGCUGUUGAAGGAAAAGAACAGAAUGAGGGGACAAUGGUCUGAGCUCAGAACAAAAGAAAAUAGAAUCGUCGCUGUGAUGACAUCAUUAAACACUUUCAAAAUUAGACUGCAGCAGGAAAAUGAAAGGCUGAGUGCAGCAAUGAAAAACAGCAUCACAAGACUGGAAGAAAACAAGAACAAGAUACAGCGCACGGUCAGUGUUGUGGACCUUAGUCAAGAGGUAGUGAAUGUACACCAAGCUACAUUAGCCUUUUACCAUGAGGAACUUGCAAAAGAAAUGGAAAGUUUGAGAAAUGUUUUUUCAGAAAUUGCCAGACAAAGAGAGGAUAUGGAAAAACACGCUGUGUCGGAAAAGAGAAAUCUAGAAAAAGUACAAGCAGAGUUGGACGAAAAGAGAGAAGAUCUGACUAGAACCAGUGAAACAGUGAAGCAGGAAAAACAGAGCUGGGGUCAGAUGAAGUCUGACAUCCAAAAACAAAGUGAACUAUUAUUCCGUAAUGUAAAGGAUUUAAGAAAGAAGCUGGAAAUCAUGAAGGGAGAGAUGGAAAAUAAUCUAAAUGUUUCCGUCAAACUGUCUGACCAGAUGAAGAGAGAAAAAUCAAACCUAGAAGAAUUUAAACUUCAGAUUCAGGAUAAAAGAAAAAUAUUUUAUAAUGUGACUGAGAGGCUGGUAUUGAAACAGAAAGAGCAAGAGCUAAAGGAUGACGAGAUCCAAAAAAUAACUCGAGACUUGGAAACUAAGCAGAAAUUAAUUGGUGAUGUAGACACGAGAAGAACUGAGGCCGAAGCUGCUCUGGAUGACCUCAGAGUGGAGAAGGAACGCUGGCGUCGGAUAAAGGCAACCAUAAACGAGGAGAGAGAAAUACUCAAGAAUAAGAAGAACGAGAUAGAAGAACAGUGGACUGAAAUCAAAAGGCAAAGUGAAGAAAUUCAAACUCACAAGAACACUGUUCUGGCAGAAAAAGGAGAAUUGAAAAUUCUGAGAAAUGUUGUUCGUCAUAGGAAAGAGCAGUUAGAAUAUGCUCUGAGUAACAUCACUGGAGAAAGGGAAAAACUUCAUCAGGAGAAGACUAGUCUUAAAAUAACAAAACAACGACUUGAGGCAGAAAGAGGUGAAGUGCAGGAGGAAUUGUCCAGUGUUAGAGACAGAGAGGAUCAGCUGAAGAGGAAAAUGCUGUCCAUCCAAACUCUAACUGCAAAACUGAAGGAACGUGGAGACAUGGAAGAAAAAGCAGAGCGAUUGGAGCAAAGGAGCAAAGAAACGCACAAACUGUCUUUUGACCUGGAGCAGAACAUUGCCAAUUUUGAUUUACAGAGAAACCAGACAUGGGUUUAUAAGAACAUUGUCCAGAUUAAAACGUCUGAGCUCAAAGAUUUGAUGUCAGAAAUAAUGAAACAGAAAAGGGACAGGGAAUAUCAACGGAUGGCAGAUCUUCAGCUGGGAAAACAUCUGAACAGGCUCCAAACAGAGCUGAAUGUUGACAGAGGAGAACUGAAUGAGACAGUGAACAGAAGCAAGGUGAUGAUGUCUGUCAUGGAGCAACAAACAGAACUGCUAGACCGAGGCCUGAGAGGUCUGCAGGUUAUAAAGAGUGAGCUCCAAAAGACACAAGUACAUGCAGGUACUUUAUCUGUUGAGAUUGACAGACAGAAAUCCAGCAUCAAGAGUCUGAACCUUCAGAUUCAGAACUUUAAAAACAAACUUCUGGUUGUGAUUGACUCAGUAGGUUUGAAACAGAAAGAAGAAGAACUGAAGGAUGAGGAGAUCAGGAGGCAAACUGAAGAACGUCAGUCUCUGGAGAACAAAGUUUCUGAACAGGCUGGAGAACUGGACCUUUUGAAAAGGGAAAGAUUGUUGAUGAAAUGUUUUAUGAAGCAACAAACAGAACUAUUAGAUCAGGAAAAAAGAGGUUUGCAAGUCACAAACGUUGAGUUACACAACACACGAGAACAUGCAGAACAUCUGUUUAAUGAGAUUGAGAGACAGAAAUCCAUCAUGACAGACUUAAACCUUGAAAUUCAGUCACAGAAAAAUAAACUCCAGGGUGUGAUUUACUCAAAACAGAAAGAAGAAGAACUGAAGGAUGAGGAGAUCAGGAGGCAAACUGAAGAACUUCAGUCGGUGAAGAACAAAGUUUCUGAACAGGCUGGAGAACUGGACAUUUUGAAAAGGGAAAGAUUGUUGAUGAAUUCUGUCACCAGCCAACAGACACAACUAUUAGAACAGAGACGAGGUGAUGUGCAAGUCACUAAGGCAGAGGUGCAAAAGACACAAGAACAUGUGGGACAUCUGUUUGAUGAGAUUGACAGACACAAAUCCGACCUUAAAGAUCUGAACUUUCUGGUUCAGUCACACAGAAAGAAACUUCAGGAGGCCAUUUACUCUGUUGGUCUGAGACAGAGAGAACAAGAAGUAAAGGAUGACGAGAUAAGAUGGGAAAAAGAGGAACUACAAAGACAGAAGAUGAGUGUUUGGUCAGACAGAGAAGAGCUGGACAGUAAGAGACAUUGGAUAGAAAGAAAAAAGGACGAGCUGAGUCUAAUGAAUGCAGAACUCGAACAAGAAAGGGAAUUACUAAUGGACGAACGGAAGAGAAUGGAAGGACAAUGGUCUGGUUUGAUGAUAAAGGAAAAUAAACUAAGGAAUGAAAAUGCCUCAUUAGAAGCUUUUAGAACAAGACUGACGGAGCAAAAUCAAAAGAUAAAAGAAGACCUGGAAAACAAAACAGCCAGAAUAAAACAUAGCCAGGACAGUGCAGUGAAGAUAGUCAGUGUUCUGGAGCAAAGUCAAAAGGCUCUGGGUGAACACAGAGUAACAAUGACAUCAUGCACUGACACACUUGAAAAGGAGAGACAUGGUUUAAGGAAAAUGUUGUCUGAAAUUGUCAGACAGAGACAGGACACAGAUCAUCAGCUGAAUUCAGAGACUGUGUUCAACAAGGCACGUCAGGAGGUAAAGGCUGAAAAAAGGGAGACCACAGAGGACAUGAGGGAAAUGGUGAUCAAAGCAAAACAGGUCUUGGAUCAGAGGAGGUCAGACAUCCAGAGACAAUGUGACUGUCUUAAAUUUGGUAUAAAAAGGGAAAAGAAAAAUAUGGAAACCAUAAGGACUGAAAUACAAAAGAAAAAGGAAGACACCGACACACUGCUUGAUAUGGUAACUGCUCUGAAGAUUUAUAUUCAGGAACAAAAGAGCAACAUCAACAAAUCGAUGAGCUCAUUUGUCUUAAAACAAAAAGAGCAAGAACUAAGAGAAGAUGAGAUUCAGAGAAAAACUGAGCAGCUACAAAGACAGAAGGAGACCAUUAGGAAAGAAAGAGAAGAACUUGACGUCAUGAGAAAGGAUCUCAAUGAGAGGAACAAAGACCUGGACGGUGUGAAUCAGAUGCUGCAGUUGCUUUGGCCUGGUAUCACAGUGACAUCGAAGAGCUUAGCACAAGAUGUUCAAGAGAAAACAGGGAGUUUCCGAAUCAAAAAUGUUGAACUGAUAAAUAAGAUGAGGAAUACUGACGUUCUACUUGAUAAGAUCCAACAAACCAAAAUAAAAAUGGAAGAUCUGUCCGUCCGUUUUCAGGCAGAAAGUUGCCGGUUUAAAAACGCAUUGCAAACAUUUGCACAGAAACAGCAACAGACCCAAAUUGCAGAAGUGGAGUUCACCAAGAGGAGUGAGGUGGAGCUACAUGACCCAGACGCUGGAAAACAGAAGGACAUCAUCAGCAAAGAGAGUCACCAUUUCUUAAAGCUUGAUACAUUAGAAGAGAAAGAAACGCUUGGAAGUGAAACGGGCCGAGAAGAUUCAAUGACUGAGGAAGAAACCAAAACAGGUAGAGUAGAAGGAAAACUCAAAGAGCUUGAAGCGCGGAUGAGGGGAAACAUAAGCCAUCGAUUAAAUAUGUUGGAACAGAGCAAAACAUCCAUUCAGAGGUGGUGCAGUAUACUGGAACAAAAGACCAAAGAAUUUCAGAGACAGAAAGAACAAAUUGCUUGUUGCACGGAGCUGCUAGGGAGAGAAAAGGAAGGUCUGAUGAGUGUGCUGACAGAUAUGGUCCAACGCAGAGAAAAGCUGAAAAGUCAACAGACACGACUUGAACAAAUGAAGGCAGAUCUGAAACGAGAGAGAGAUGAUCUGGGUGAAGCAAAUACUUUGAUUAAAGAAGAGAAAAUCAAGUUAAAACUGGUCAAAUCCGACAACAUGAAGGAAACGGAACGAAUAGAACAAGAUAAAAUUCACCUACAAGAGGAAAAGGACAAGCUUGAAGCAGCUGUGAUGGAGGUUCAAAUGAAACAUCAACGUGUUGACAGUCUUUAUCAUGACAUGAACCAAGAAAAGCAAAAAUUGCAGGAAAUGAAAAUUAAUCUUGAAAAAGUCAGGGAUGGAUCUGAGAGUCAUCUGUCCAAAGUUCUUAGCACCAUGAUGGAUGUCCGAGCAAAACUGAAAGUAUUGAAUCGAAGAACAAGCGACUUUAAUAUGAUGGUGAAUAACAUGGAGCACAAAUGUAAAGAUGUGGUUCGUAUGAUUUCAGAGUUGGAACUCAAGUGUACUGACUUUGAUUCACAUAAAAAUGUGAUCGCUGGAUUUUAUGAACAUAUGAUAAAUAAGAAAUCACAGGCUGUGACACGUGAGCAGGCAGUUCAAACAGAAGAUGUUCCACGAGAACGUCCAUCAGAGGGCGAUGUCACCAGGCAGGCCAUAAAUAAAGACACACUGACAAAGGAUGACCACAAGGAUAUGCAGGUGCAUUCCCUUCAACUGGAAAAUGUUGCCAUAGUAACAGAGGAUGUGGACAAUAAAACAGGACACAGAUAUCCUACACGGUCGAUGGGAGAGCAACGUGACAAUGCAACAAACGUUAUGUCAAAGAGAGAGACUCUGAGGCAGAUCUGGAAGGACACUAAGAAAGAGCGGAAGGAGAUUGAUCGUAUGAUGGACAGAGGUCAAGAAAUGAAAAACAAUUUGGAAAAAAGACUUGAGGUGAUCAAUAGGUUUGUUAAAAGAACAUGGUUACAGAAAGAUAAGGAACCACAAAAGACAAAGGUGGAACGAGGAUCAGUUCAGAGCACACCAUCAACCAGCUACCAGGAGAGAUGUCCCCAACUGAUUGAUGAAAAAUAUGCAGAACUUCAGCAGCUGAAGGUUGAGAUGCUCAGGAAUAUUGAGAAACUCCACAUCAGAGAGACAGAAAGGAUGAGCGACAAAGCCAAUCAGACAUCACAAGUGGAUUUAACCUCAGAGCACUGGGCAGGAUGGACAGAUCAACCAGCCUCUCAUGAGCAAACUGUGACAGCGUCAGAAGCUCCGGGCAGACUCCUGAGUCAGCUCUGCCAUUACUGCAGCCGCUGCUGCUGCUCCUGCUGUGCCUGUUGUAAACAAGUUUGUUCGGAGGAGCAAUGAAACCAGGAACAAAUGAUCAGUGAUCCAUUGAAAUGAUUGAAUCCAUAAGGUCUUUUCUCUAAGCAGUGUACUUGUAAGACAGAAAUGCAGUCCUUACGCAUCUGUGACUAAAACUUCAAGUUAACAUGGUAUCAAUAUAAACCAAUGUGACCCAGGGUUAAGAAUUUAACUAGAGAGUAACAUGAUUUGAAUAUUAUAUUUUUUUUGUCCAGUGUUAAUUCUUCUUAAAAAUAUAUCUUAAUUAGUUAUCUUAUUUGUAAAGUUAUCUUAAAGUAAAACAGAGAAACAUUACUUUUGGCUCUUUGUAAAAACUGUUUUUUAAAAUGUUUUUUUUAAAAUGCAUUUAAAAACAAAAUAGAAAUGUCCAAUGUUUAAAACCUUUUUUCCUGCCAGUUACAGUCUCCUACAUCGAAACACCGUUUUCUGCAUAUUAAACACUCUCCUAAUAAACAGGAAUAAACUUAGUCAGUUAAAACAAAACAUUCUAAUAUAUAAUAUUUUAAUGUAUUAGAUCAGUGGUUCUCAAACCAAUAGGCUGCCCAACUUUAUAUUUCAUUAAACAGUAUCUUUGGAUUUUAUAACAUAAAUUGGCAUCAUAACAAAAA